AGCUCCUCCCUUUCACCGAGGAUGUAAAGGACAUGCACAUGCACCUUGAUAAGUGUAGACCUGAAUACCAAAACAGCCUAAAGAAAAAUCCUAAUAAGAAGAACUGGUCCAAGCUUGCUAGUUUGACUCUUUGUGAAGUGAUACUUUUUAAUCGCAGAAGAGAAGGUGAGGUGUCAAAGAUGCCACUUAGUGCAUUCACCCUAAGAGACACUUCUGGAGUUCAUUCAGAUUUGGCAGUAGGACUGUCAGAGUUGGAGCAAAAGCUUUGCCAGCAUUUUCAGCGCAUUGAAAUAAGAGGAAAACGAAACAGGAAAGUUCCCAUCCUUCUAACACCAGACAUGCUCUCCUCAAUGGAGGCCUUGGUUGUACAUCGGCGGGCUUGUGGAGUGCCUGAUGAAAAUCCCUUUUUCUUCUCCAGACCUGAAGCGGUUACUCACUUGAGGGGAUCAGAUGCAAUCAGACAGAUUGCAAGGGAAUGUGGGGCCAAGCAUCCUGAAACUCUGUCAUCAACCAAGUUGAGAAAGCACAUUUCCACACUGUCCACUGUGCUUAACUUGAAAGAUAAUGAGAUGGACAUACUUGCAAAUUUUCUUGGCCAUGACAUCCGGGUCCAUAGGCAGUACUAUAGACUACCUGAAGGAACAAUGCAGCUGGCUAAAGUCAGCAAAGUGCUGAUUGCCCUAGAACAGGGCCGACUGUCAGACUUCAAGGGAAUGAGCCUGGACCAAAUCCAAAUCGAUCCUGAAGAGGAAGUGCCAGAGGCUAUGGAAAGCGAUCUCUCAGAGACAGAGGCACAAGAGUCAUCUGUGAGCUCUAGGUCAUCAGGCUCUUCAAGAUCUAAAAAAAGACUAAUGACUGAUGAGUCUGAUGAUGACAUUGCACCCACAGCAUCUUCAACACCUAAGAGAAGAAUGCAAGAUGUUGAAUCUGACAGUGAUGACCCUAAAACCGGAACCUCAAGCUCCAACAGAGAACAGCAGCCCUUUGAUGAUCCUGGCAGUGUUGAACCUGCUACCACAGGUAACCCACAGACUGAGGCCAUGACACCUGAUACCCAACACGCCUUGUUUGGUCUUUACCUUUGUCACACAGAACUGCUAAACGUGCCCCUACAAACUCUUAAAGAGGUGGAACACUCCCUCAGCUCCUCCCUUUCACCGAGGAUGUAA